AUGAGUCAAUACUCUGCAUCGAUUCUCGUUAUAAGUGGAGUUACAACAGUAUUUCUUAGUAUCAUCUAUUAUUAUUUGCAAACAAAAUCAUGCCAUACCCUUAAUAUGGUGCAAUGCGGUCUCCAGCAGCGGUUAUGUGAAUAUAAUAUAUUAGGAAUAAAAAGAUAUGUUGAAUCGAAAUCGUCUCCUAACAACGAAGUCAACGAUCAUUAUUUCUCAAUUGAAUUACCAGAACCGGGUGUGACUGAAUUAUCAUGUUUAUCAAAGAACCUUUUACAUCACUGGCAUCAAUUACACCCUAAAACACUAUUCUAUUUAUACAUUGUGGGGCAUGAUACACUGAAAAUACCGGAAACAUUUCCCAAUCUACGUAUAUGUGAAUUAGACUCAGCAUUGAUCUUUCAAACGCCACUAAAAUGGUGGUUAAAUGCGCAUGUUCAAUGGAAAUAUCGAACAGCAAUGAAAACAUUAAUGACAUUCGAUCAUAUGAAUCUCUCUUACAAUCCUUCUGAUCAUACAAUUCCAAUGUUCAAACAUCUUAAACUUAUUUAUUCAAUAGUAUUAUUAUGGCAUAGAGGUGGAAUAUAUAUAUCGCAUGAUAUUGUUUUAAUCAAACCAAUAAUAACUCUAUCCUCGACUUCAAAUGUUACUCUAGUUCAGCGAAAUAGCAAUCGAAUUAGUUUAGAUUUUUUAUCAAUCAUGACUAGUCAACAUCCUCUGAUCAAGCAACUAUUGAUACAUCUAUCGCAUGCUUAUCAAAAUCAAGAUGUAAUGGCAAUAGAUGCAGAAUUAAUAUUAUGGAAAGUUUUAAUCAAGUUUUUAUCAGCCACCAAAGAUUCCAUUCAAAUUUUGCCUGCGAAUACUUUCUACGGAUUCGACAGAGAAGAAGAAAUGUUUUCUAAUUGGUUUACGUCAAAAAAUUCGUCAGAACAGUGGGCAGCAUGGCAAAAUGAUCAGCAUCGAUACGGAAUACAUUUUCCAAUUGUUCGUGUACCCAGAGCAACUCCUAUUCCAAUCAAAAAUUCCUUAAUUGAUCGUUUAACUUCUUUACCGAAAAGUUUGAUAUCUUUAAAACAGGCUUCCUGUUUCCAUGCUUCGACAGACAGAAUUCAUAUGGGACAAUUGGUGUAUCAAUACAAUCAUAAUCAUGGUAAUAACGGUGAUUAUAUCCAAUCAUGGGCAUCGAUUCAAUAUUAUCCUUGUAUUGAUCGAUUUUAUGCAAGAGACAAUCUGCAUAAUCUUCCAGAACUGUAUCAGAUGAAAUUUGGACAAAGCACAUUUAGAAACGAUUCUUUGACAUCGGUCUCUAUUCUGAUGAAUGCUUGGUGGGCAUUAGUUCGUCCAAAAUUAGAACAAGAAAAGUGCUGGCCACCACCUGAUCAUUUCAGACCAGUUUAUAUUUCGAUGCAUAUUGUCGAUCGAGUAGCGCCGGUGAUGAUAAAAAGUAGAAAAACAUAUGACAAUUAUGGCCCUGUUGGAGCUCGCGACAUGGUAACUUUACAGUUAUUGGAGAAGCAAAACAUAUCUACAUGGCUUUCUGGAUGUUUAACAACCACUUUGAAAUAUCAAUCUGUCACACGAUUUUUUAACGUCACGAAGAAGUCUAUUCUUAUUGUCGAUGUUCAAAAUAAUUUAACAAAUAUUCUUGUACCGCCAGAUAUCUUACGCGAUAAUGUAAUAUGGAGUACGGCAUUAUAUACACCAGAAAAUAUCAAUCAAACUGAUGAACAAUUAAAUGAUUUUGAACAAGUUGAAAAACGAUUUGACGAGCUUCUUAACUCGAAAUUAGUUCUAACUAGUCGUUUGCAUGUCCUUCUACCUUGUUUAGCGUUGAAUAUUCCUGUCAUGUUUAUCUAUCCGUAUGAAGCUUACGGUCGUGAUCCACGUUUUAAAGGUCUGAUUGAGAUUCUUGUGGACCACAUCUAUUCUGAAAAAGAUGCGUAUUUUUGGAAAAAUACAAGUCAUCCAUAUGCGAUUGCCUGGGAAAACCCAAGGUCAAUGAACAAGGCAAAGAAAGAACUAUUAAAAACAAUGAUUACUGGUCUGCACCAAAGAUUGAAACAAGAGAGAGAAUUUCGUAUUUGGGGACACUUUUAUCGGGUCUUCGAUUAA